GCUUAGCAGUUUUAUCAGUUUUGCUUUAAAUGUGAGUUUGUUGAAGAGAAAAAGCGUUUUCUUUUACUAAGCUGAUUUCUUCAGUGACUUGAAGUGAAGAAGAGCGCAGCCAGCGGAGCGUGAAGACAGAAACCGGAGCUUAUCGCCAUGUUUUCCAGCCUAAAUACGGCCGGCUGCUCCUCUGUCCUCAGCUCCGGGGCAUGUUGUUGUUCUCCUGAGGAUGAGGAUGAGGAGGAGGAUGAUGAUGAUGAUGAGGAUGAUGAUGACGGCUCGCCCCCGCCCCUCCGCGGCUGCGUCACACAGGCUCCUCCUGUCCUCCUAGCUGGAGCUGCACAUUUCCAUCCCCAUCAGAGGAACCUGGCAGGAUGGAGGCCCUGGUCAACGAGUGGCUGUGGCAGGAGCAGUACUGGCUGCCCCCCGGGGCCGGCUGGACGGACAUCCAGGCCCCCGGCGGGCGCUUCCCCUCCCCGCGGGACCUCCUCUGCACUCUGCCGCUGGCCCUGGCCUUCAUCGCCCUCAGAUACGGCUUUGAGAGGCUCGUCGGCCUCCCUUUAGGGAAGUCUUUAGGGGUCAAGGAUCGGAUCCGGAUCCCAGCCGCGUCCAUUCCAAAGCUGGAAGCAUUCUACAAGCAGAACAGCCGACAACCAUCAGAAGCGGAGGUGGGGAUCUUGGGGAAGCAGUGUGGGCUCUCCCACAGAAAGAUCCAGACCUGGUUCAGACACAGGAGGAACCAGGACCGGCCCAGCAACACCAGGAAGUUCUGCGAGGCGAGCUGGCGGUUUGCCUUCUACCUCACAGCCUUCACAGCAGGGCUGGGCUCUCUGGUUAACACUCCGUGGUUCUGGGAUCAGAGAGAGUGCUGGAGGGACUAUCCCAGACAGCCGGUAGCCGAGGCCCACCGCUGGUACUACAUCCUGGAGCUGAGCUUCUACCUGUCCCUGCUGCUCUGUGUCUCUGUGGAUGUCAAACGGAAGGACUUCAAGGAGCAGGUGGUGCAUCACAUUGCCACCAUCUUCCUGAUUGGCUUCUCCUACUGCACCAAUUUUGUGAGAGUCGGCACAGUUGUGAUGCUGCUGCACGAUUCCUCUGACUUCCUCCUCGAGUCUGCGAAGAUGUUCCACUACGCGGAGUGGACGCGGACCUGCGACUCCCUGUUCAUCGUCUUCGCUCUGGUCUUCCUGCUCACCAGACUGGUGGUGUUUCCCUGCAAGGUGGUCCACUCGACCCUGACAGUAUCGCUGGAGUUCUUCCAGCCUUUCUUCGGGUAUUACUUCUUCAACACUCUGCUGUUAGUGCUCCAGGCACUGCACGUCUUCUGGGCUUACCUCAUCCUGCGCAUGGUCUACAAGUUCCUCUUCCUGGGAAAGGUGGAGCGGGACGAGCGCAGUGAUGAGGAGAGCGAGGUGGACGACAACGAAGAGGAAGAGGAGCCUGAGGAAGAGGAGGGUCAGUGCAGCUGGGAGCACAGGAAGGGAGCCAUCAACUCCAAGCUAGCAUCCCUGGCUAACAACUGUGUGUUGAACAACCUGACCAACCAGAGGAGCCUAAACAGCAGGAUGCCUAAAGCCAGGUAGUGGAGCAGCCCCCCCCCCCCGGACCAAAGCAAAACAGGAAAACAGGAACACAGCUGCACCCAUGUGCUCCGGACAGCCAUUUCUGCCACGUAACUCCUCCAUAACGGUUCGGAUUCAAAGAGGACUUCACACCGACUGGAUCCUGCAUUUCUUCAAAACCUAACAGGGCAUACAAGCACAAGUGAUUGUAGGUUUUCAAAAGGAGAUAGUUCUACUGUAGUUUAGGAAGGUUAGUAUUCUGUGUUGCUUGUUGUCAUGGUGAUGCAGCAGGUUUUCUUGUAAGUAACUAACAAGAGAAUUAGUUUGAUCCUUUUUCCAGACUUUAUUUUUCUGUUGGACAACCCACAUUUAUUAUUCUCUGAUAUUUCAAACAGAUCAAACUUGGGGCUACAGGUUCGGUCAUUCACUCCCACAGCUUUUUUCCCUUCAUUGUACAUAGAUUAUUUAAAAACACUGAUGAUUUCCCCCUUUUUAGAUUAUUUUAUGAACGUUUAACUUAAGAGGCUGUUGGAUUUUGUGAUGUGUGUCUGGGUUCAAAGGGUCUCUGCUGAAGCCUCAGAGGAAACACAGGAUUUUUAGGGUUCCAUUCAGCCCAAUGUGUCAGAGACAUGGCGCCACCUAGAGGGCAAAGGAGAUCUUUACUUUGGAGUAAAGAUCUUUACCUUGGAGGACAAUUGACAUCCCACAGGAUGACAGCGUCAUCUACCACCCUCUUAUGACUUUGAACCUUUUUUGUGUUUUUUUCCUGCUUGUUAGACAACUGUGACAGGCAGCAUGGUUUUCCCAAGAAGCUCUUUCUCACAGAGGGUUCUGUUUUCUGUUGUGCCUUGGGCGGCUGUUUUUACUCUAUUUUAAAGUCUGUGUGUCCGUGUGUUACUUUUGAUGAGGCUGAGGCGGCUUCCUGGACGCACAGUAAAGAUGAAGACAUGCCUGUGUGCAUUUAAUAACCAGAGAAUCUGUGAUUUUGGUUUUUGUAGAUGGCAUAUUUUGGUAUGACAAGACUGGCUUUGUAUAAUUUGCUGGGAAUACAAGACUUGUAUUAACCUUGUACACUUAAGCAAAGUGAAAAACAAAAGACAGAGUCUAUCCGCCACGUACAAGAAUUUUUACUUCAUGUUUUGUGUGUGUGUGUGUGUGUGUGUGUGUAUAACCUCAGAUGCAAAGGGCUUGUUUACUAAAUGACACAUUUUCACAACCAUACAACCAUUUGUUUGUUUGUUUUAUAGAUAUUAAAGCAAGUGAAAGCUCCACUCGCCUGUUCCUCGCUGAUCACAUUUGGGUGUCUUGUCUACUGUGUGGCCGGUUGAAAGGUUUAAAUAAAAUACCCACAGACACUUGAUAAUGUGUUCACUCCAUUUUUUUCAAAGACAGCUUCUCUUCUUUGAAUUUCACAGACAUGAAGGGCUCUUUUUGUUGCACCUCUUAACCAUGCAGACACAGGUCAUGUGACCAUUCUCAUAGAGACACACCCCCUGAGGGGCACAGCACAGGGAAUGGCGUCGUCUAUCUCUAAACACGUGUCGAUAUAAGGGUCCAGCAGCACCAUGUUUGGGAAGGCCUUGUUAAUCCUUCUCUCACUGAGCAGAUAGAUCUGUCCACCCACUGUGGUGCACCCACAGAAGAACUUCCCGUCCAGACUCUCCUCCUCCAGCACGGUCCACUCAUCCGUCUCCACGUCAAAGCGAAGGGCGUGGCCUCCAAACAGGUAGAGGGCGCCAUUCAGCUCGGUGGCAACCAGGUCGUACCUUGGAAAUGGCGAAUAGGAGACCACAUCCCACUGAUCUUCCUCCACGACGUACCUCUGAACCCCAGCAAACACCUCCCCGUUCUCGUCCAGGCCACACGCCAUGUAGAUGCAGGUCCCCAGGACGGCGGCUGCCGCCCUCUCCACAGCCCACACCAUGGGGCUCAGGGCCUCCCAGCCCUCCUCCGAGCCCACAACCAGCCUCUCCACCUCAUCCACCAGGCCCUCGUCCACAGAGCCCCCCAGAACAUACAGAGCUGAGUCCAGCCCCACGGAGCUGUGGCUGUGUCUGGACCGGUGGAGGGCCGGCCCGUCCACCCAGCGCCCGCUGCUGCAUUCGUAGAUCCUGACCCAGUCCACGCUGAACCACAGGACAUCCCUGAAGUAGCCUCCUGUCACAACCACACUGUCCCCUACUGCUGCUACUGAGUACUGAGUGAGGUUCUUCCUCUGGAGAGGGGCACACUUCUGCCACCUGCCACUCAGAGGGUGAAACUGAUACAGAGGCUGCUGGUCCUGGUCGUGAGGCCCACCCAGGACGUAGAGGGUCUCUCUGGCCCUGCUCCGCUUCAGGGACCUGCCCACCGACCAGGUCUCUGGGAAAUGUUCGUUCAUCUUGCUAAUGAGCUUGGCUUGAGGAUCAGAGCACGCCAUUCUGCUCAGGAGCUGAGUGAUAAAGGGCAAGGACAGAGACUCGGGUCUCACCAGCUCCAGGAGCUCCAGGAAGUGUUCCUCCCGCUGGGGUUCAAACAGGACCCAGCGUAGGGCGGCCUCCAGGGCCAGGUCAUCUCUAUCGAUAGCCAGCUCAUCGCUGGCUAGCAGAUGUGCUAUCGUGUCCUUACAGAUGGACAAGAAGUCCUCCUCGGCCGAGACUGCUGGGAAGUGUGUGAGCGCCACCUGGCGAGCGGCGGCGUGCAGCGUGGCCAGGCCCCGCCCCCAGGCGUAGGCCAUCAUCCCCAGGCAGUUGCUGGCGUGCAGCUCCCGCUCCAGGAACUUGCAGCACAGCAGCCGGGCGCGCUCCAGCUGCAGGAAGUCUACCGUCUCCAGGAUCCCCAGGACGUUCUCCCGGUCCAGCGCCGGCCGGCGCCAGCGGCCCAGCUCCAUCAGGACCCUGAAGGGCCGCCGCCCCACCCCUUUGAUCUCCACCUGCCUUUUGGUGGUCUCAACCCCACAGCCAAAGAACAGAGCCCUGAAGUAAGGACUCUGGAGAGCCAGGUGCUGGCGGUUCACAUAGAAGCUCUCUCCUUCCACCAGUAGGACUGCGUCCGGAGGGGGAUCAGCUUCAGGUUCCUCCUCCUCCUGCUCCUCUUCCUCUUCCUCCUCCUCCUCUUCCUCCUCCUCCAUUUUGUUCUCCAGUUCAGACUGAACUUGUAAUCUGUAAUCAGAGUCCGCCAUGCAGGCCAUGUCCCAGCAAACAGCCCCACCGAAUGUCCCCUGCCCCACUUCUGGUUCACACCAGCUGAAGUUCAGCCUGAGUCUAAUAAUAGAACUCCAGCUAAACAAAGCCGGGCCAGAGGCCCGUCUGGACCUGAGGCCUGUUCAGUCCGUAGGACGCCGGAAACACUCCAAAGUAAAGAGCAUCUGUAUCCAAACAUACACACUAAAGUUUGACCUAUUUGAACACGCCAUUUCAAGGGACAGACGUCAGCCCGGCGCUCAGUGAUCUGAUUGGCGGAGCGUCUGCGGGGUCACAGAACUACUUCCGUGUCACGCAGCUAACAUGGCGGAUAAAGAAAAGAAAAAGAAGGAGAGCAUCUUCGACUUGUCCAAAUACAUCGACAAGCCUAUCCGUGUGAAGUUUCAGGGAGGACGAGAGGGUAGGUGUCCGCGGCUGGGGGCUAACUGGGCCGGUUUCCAUCAGAACCAGGCUGGAAAAGACUCACUGCUGUUUUCCCUCCUAGCCAGCGGGGUCCUGAAAGGGUUUGACCCGCUGCUGAACCUGGUACUGGACGGAACGAUCGAGUAUAUGCGUGAUCCAGACGACCAGCUGAAGCUGACGGAGGACACCCGGCAGCUGGGGCUGGUGGUCUGCAGGGGCACCUCUGUGGUGCUGAUCUGUCCUCAGGACGGCAUGGAGGCCAUCCCCAACCCCUUCAUCCAGCAGCAGGACGGCUGACCCCCAGGCCCCCCCGGCUGCCCGGCCCCCUCCUGAGUUUGUUUCUACCCUUUCAGUACAGCUGUGGCUCGGAGAAAAAAAGCUGCUGUCUUGAGUUAAGAAUCAGUAAAAUAAUGUUCAAAUGCACUUCCAUUUUAUUACUGUGUGGGGGGGGGCAAAGUCUGCAGAUUUAAGUUGUAAAGAGCCUGUUUUUGGUAAUUAACAGUACAAUUUUCUUUUUAUCUAAAAGCCAACUUUUUACUGUUUUUGUUUGUUUUAUAAGAAAUAAAGGGAAAACGUGGUGUGAGAAGCA